AUGGCUCCCACUUCUGGCGGCCAAUACCACUGGGUCUCCGAGUUUGCACCACCUUCAUUGCAGAAGCCGCUCAGCUAUGUUGUCGGUUGGUGCUGUUGUCUGGGUUGGAUUGCGGGCGUUCCAUCGUGUUGCGUUCAGCUCGCUGGCAUGGUCCAAGGCCUUGUCGUCCUGGUCAAUCCAGCCGCCAACGUGUCAGACCCGUGGAAGACGACAUUGAUCCUGUAUGCUUUCAUCCUGUUGGCAGUCGGAUUCAACAUCUUUUGUGCCCAGCAUCUGCCCCUGGCCGAAGGCGUGCUUCUCUUCGUCCAUGUGUUCGGAUUCUUCGUUUUUCUACUCACCUUCUGGAUCAUGGCGGAUCAUGCACCAGCGUCACAGGUCUUCACACAGUUCAAUGACGGCGGUGGCUGGGGCAACAUAGGCCUCUCGUGUCUGAUUGGACUCUCCACGCCAGUAUGGUGCUUUAUCGGUCCAGAUGCAGGCGCUCACAUGUCUGAGGAGCUCCGAGAUGCAUCCCUGCAGCUUCCCAGAGCGAUGAUGUGGGCCACAGUCCUCAAUGGUUUCCUUGGAAUCACAAUGCUCAUCACCUUCUGCUUCUGCAUCACCAACCUCCAAACGAUCCUCGAGAGCGAAUCAAGCUUCCCCAUUGUGCAAGUGAUCCAGAACGCCACGGGCUCAAUCGCCGCCACAUGCGUACUUGGCGCACUGCUGGUCGUCUUGAUCUUCUUCUCGACCGUCACCACCGUUGCCAGUGCUUCCCGACAGAUCUGGGCAUUCAGCAGAGAUCAGGGCUUUCCAUUCUCCGCCUGGAUCCGCUACGUAGCACCCGAUUACGAAAUUCCUGUCAACGCUCUGCUCGUCUGCCUCGGCGUGUCUGCAGUCAUGUCGGCCAUCAACUUCGGAUCUGACGUGGCCUUCAACGCCGUCGUUGGUGUUUCAAAUGCCGCCCUCUGCUUCUCCUACAUUGUCUCGGUGGGUUGCCUCAGAUUGAAACGUCUAAGAGGCGAGCCGUUACUUCCUGCUCGAUGGUCAUUGGGGAAAUGGGGCGGCCUUAUCAACGACAUUUCGCUGGUCUUUCUAGUCACCAUCUUCAUCUUCUCCUUCUUCCCCACAGAUCCAGCACAUGGGGAUCCAGGGUGGGCAGCGAAGUUCAAUUGGGCCAUCGUGAUCUUCGGCGCGACCUGUUUAUUGGCAUCGGCAUACUACGCCCUCCAAGGUCGGCGACUAUAUGUUGCACCAGUAUCUUUGGUGAAGGAGGAGUAA